AGCAUCUGGGUGCAACCAGCUUCAUCGCCUGAGAUGUGAGUCGUGCAGGGGAACGUCCAGCAAUCUUGGGAAACAUGUCAGAUUUAAGUGACUUUUUACGUGGCCGAGGGCUUCCUGAAGAUGCCAUUUCAUUAUUGGAAGAGCAGAAGAUUGAUUGGGAUGUCAUAGCGCUGAUGGAUGACGCAACUCUGGCAAAUUACAUCCCUUCCUAUGGAGACCGAAUUGCCCUCUUCAAUUUCUGCAAAAGCAAACAACCACUCUCAAAAAGAAAACAGGGUCUUCUGCAGAAGCUUCGUGAGAAAAUGAAAACCAAAAAGGAAAGUCCAAAGGAAAACACCUCUCAAGAAAGAACAAGACAGACAAAGAAGCAAAAAGCAACACGAAAUAUUGAGAUAGGAUGGAUACAUACUGAUGGAAAAAUAACCAAACAGGGUCCUGAGACAGAUUUUGAGUUUGAGGUUUGGGACUUUAAACAGAACCACCUUACUGAUGACACCUGCCUGACGAUUGGCAAUAUGUAUGAAGCAGCGAGGCUGACAAUGUUACGCUUCUACAUUGCAACAAAGCCAAAAGUUCCUGAAGAAGAUGACAGCGAGACAUCCGAAGUCAUAUUUGUCUUGGAAAGCAGUAGCAGUGAAAUUAAUCCAUUGCAAACGUGGGAAGUCAGGAGUUCUUCUGUUGAUGCCCACCCUGGUUUAGAACCUUCAGAUGAUUCAGAAAUUACUUUUGGUCCCAUUCUUAAUGCUGAGGAAGAUACAGAAGACACAUUAAUCUAUGAGGGUUUUCUUGUACCCCUCAGUCCAGCUAAUCCAGAUGAUGCAAUAACAAUCACUGUACGUCAUACUAACACUUUACAUGACAUUAUUACUGCUUUCUCUGAUUCAGAUAUUAUGAGAAAAACACUGAAUGUGAAGCGCAUACUUCCAGACAACACAGAAGAAGCAGGCAGUGGCUCAGGGAUACUAAGAGAUGUUCUCACCUGCUUCUGGAAUGAAUUCUAUGAGCGAUGCACCCUCGGUACAACAGUUAAAGUCCCCUUCAUUCGCCAUGAUUUUCCUGCUGAAAAAUGGAAGGCAGUUGGACGAAUACUUUUGAAAGGUUACCAAGACUGUCAGUAUUUUCCAAAUAAACUUGCAAUCCCUUUUCUUGAACAAGUGCUUUUCAGUAGCGUUUACAGCGAUCUUAAAGCACAUUUUCUACAGUUUGUCAGCAGCCAAGAAUGUGAGGUUUUGAGGGAAGCAGUCAAGAAUUUUUCUGCUGUUGACCAAGAUGAUCUUGUGGAGGUUCUUGACAGUUAUGGCUGUAGAAAAAGAAUAAUUGCCGAGACUCUUCCUACAAUCCUUGAUGAAAUAGCACACAAAGAGCUUGUCCAAAAACCAAUGUUCGUCAUUGACUGCUGGAGAGAGAUCAUCUAUCCACAUAUUUCCCUCAGUCCAGAGGCACUGAUCAAGUUGUUCUCAGACCUGCAACCAACAUCAAAAAAAGUCUGCCAACUGCUGAAAUUUGCUGAGGAUUUGUCUCCAAAGCAAAAAGAUGUGGGAAAUCAUCUCAAAAGAUUCAUCAGAGAGCUGGAUGACAUUAAACUUCAGAAAUUUAUGCGAUUCUGCACUGGAUCUGAUCUUAUAGUAACAAACAGUAUUUUUGUGGAAUUUCAAGAUAUGACGGCAUUCACAAGAAGAUCAGUGGGUCACACAUGUGGAAGUAUUCUGCAAAUAGCUGACAACUAUGAAAAUUUCCCAGACUUCCGUUCUGAAUUUAAUGCUGUUCUUGAAAGUAAUGUCUGGGUAAUGGACAUUGUUUAG